AUGCGGAUCAAAGCCCUGGUAAUAAUCAACCACGGCAUUUUUUUUCUUACCCAGACAAGAUACCUUGCCCAAACAAGAUAUACGAUACCCAUAUUUAAGCGCAAGGACCGUCAAAAUCCUAACCAUGGUAUUCCGGACGCUAAAAGACAAGAUACCGGAGCCAGAAAUGAUACAGAAUAUUUAGAUAAGAUUUUAAAGCGCGAGAACUCAUAUGGCAAUACUUCCCUACCAAACGCGAAAAGACCGCGGAUCGAUUUCCACGGUCAGGUCGGUUCCGAUGCUGGAGUCGAGAGGGCAUGCUCCAACAACAUUCCGGGAUCCUUAGCCGAUAUUUCCGAAACUGUGAAACGAAGAACUUUUAAAAAUGCGCAGCUACGGCAACAAUUAAAAUUUCAGCAAGAAAAGAGCGAGGCAGGUGUAUUUUUGCUGCGUGAAGCUACCAAAACAAUAAAAACUCUGCAAUCAGCUCUGGUCGAGUUUGAAAGCCGUAACGACAGGAUAUAA